GGGAAUUCUCGACUUGAUUUGGAAAGGACCCUCAUUCCACCGAGGACAUGCAAUACACGACAUGUAGAGGAACUACAAAUUAAUACACUUAGUUCGCGAAGGAGCACGUGAGAAAAAAGAUGGUGGGAAUGAUUUCUUUGCGUGAUUUCCUUUCUGCAGCAAUCCACGGAGACCACGACGGCCUCGACUUCUCCCGCUCCCCUCACGAAGAUGACUCUUGGCUCCACGACGUUCAGCAGGUCGUGCUGGCCCAGCAUCACAAAAGCGUCAAAUUUUCGACUAAAAGGACCGCAUCUUCUACUUCAGCUACUUCCUUCCUCGAGAAGCUCGCGAUCGACAAAACCAACUGCCUCCGUGACUACGCGAUGCAAAUCUGCCCCUUCAAGUGGUUGGUUGGCCGCGACGGGGACAGUUGCCGUGCGUUUGACGGGUACCGCGGGCCCUGCGAGUCCAUCCUCCACGGCAUGUCGCAACUCUCCUCCAAGCAGAAGCAGAAAAUUGCGAAGGACUGCGACGUGGAGUGGCCGUGUAAGGGGCUGUACGACGCCGAGGGGCCGUACGAGGACCCCGGGGCGCUUUUCGGCACGAACCCGGAAGCGAAGCAGACCAUGCAGAACCGGUUGCAGCAUUUCCUGAAACCCGCGGUGAAAUGCAAAUACCAGCAUUUUGUGAACUUUUGGCCGAAAUUCCUGUCGGAUUUGGAGCAGAACCCGCUGGAUCCCAAGCACGCGAACCAGGCCGGGGACGACUUUUCGUUUGACUCCUUCCCCCGGUUCGGCAACCCGACCGAGUGCGAGAAGCAGUGCAAUCUGCAAUCGGAGCAGAACUGCGUCUUUUACUCCCACAUUCCGCUGUCCUUUCCCCAACCGCUCGGCGGGAGGUGUUUGAUGUUUGGGAAGCGGACAAAAUUCGUGCAGGAUCACUUGACACAGAAGGCGGAUAACGUUCACGAAAUCGGGCACGUGAGCAACCAGGACAACGAGCCGGACAACGAUCCGGUCGAUUACGGCGAAGUAACGAGAAACCCAACGAACAAAAACACGCAACCGUACAUAUGACCUCCUCAAAGGUUACAAUCUCAAAUCGGUUACCAUAGAAUCUGGAACUUCUGUUGCAUGAUGAGCAUGACGGAUUCGCACAGCGUUCCACCUUUUGCAAUACAAAUUUCGCCAGAUUUAUUUAGUGCGGGUUGGAGCUCCAGAACUUGCCAUGCGCAAUCCUGUGGGAGUAGGGUGAAGCAUGCACUUCUUGCAUGACAGAUUUCCAUAUUCUAUUCUAACGUUUGAGAUUGUAACAGCUGAGCAGGUUAUAGUACACCGGGGAUUACGGGGUGAACCCAAACAAGGAGCCUAUCCUAAGGAAAAACGUCCCCACACCAGAGUUGUCAUGCAGAUUUGCAAAGACAGGAAGACUUGUAAUGCGCAUCCCCAUGAGAGCCAUUUCCAAUCGUGUUUUGGAAUUUGUAAUGCUGUGAACAGGCUGAGCAGAUGAAUCUGUGACGCGGCUACACUUGCUAACCUGCACUACACUGCAUACGGCAACUUGUCAUGCGUGACUCACAAAACUCCUAGGUUUGUGUUGCAAAAUCCUCAUCCUGACUGUGGUGUGGGUACGUUUUUACUCAGGAUAGAGCCCCAACCGCCAAUCUGGAUCGCGAAACGCGACGGGGUCAAGUCGGCGAGGAAGGGCCCCUGUAUCGACCGCAACGAGACGCUAUCAAAUGUAAAAAUGUCUGGGUCUGGAAGAAUUCAUGUUUGUCAUGCUUGUCUGGCAUGACUCUUAAAUCUGUCAUGCACGUUACCCAAGAGCCCCGUUUUUCUGUGAUGCAGAAGCGCAGUUUGUCAUGCAGAAUAGGCAACACCUAGGAGCUCAGAAACUUGUCAUGCUGAGCCAGCAUUUGUAGCCUCAUCAUGAGACGCCACCCAGCAUCACAAGUUCCCAGACCCAGACAUUUUUACUUUUGAUAGACGCCGAUGGAAAUUCCGCUCGGCGGAGAAAACCGCCCGCGCGUCGUGAAGCACCCCUACCCAAUACCGGUGAACGGAUCCAUAGUCGCGCGGAACGGGGUGGUGGCAGACGGACGGUUUAAAAAUUGGAUGCACUUGGAUCCCGUGUUUGGGGAAAUAGACAAAGCGUAUCGCUGAUCAUGAGACUUGACGGCUUUAUUUUCGGCGGCUGCAGCUUGUCGUUGUGAUUUUUUCCCAGAAAUAAAAGACCACAUAGAUGAAUCAACAGGAACCAGCAAGGACAAACAAGCUCCUUCACCAAUAAUCGAGUUUCGUCAGCACUUGACUUAGUACGGCAAU